AUGACAUGCGCUACUGAUGUUACUGCACCAGACGAGCUUCAACGAAUGUGCGAGGCGACUGGAUCCAAGGCCAUUAGGGAUCCAGUGCUCAUUACACGAUUUCAGUCCUUGUGGGGUGUCCACUGGAGAUGUGAAGAGCUCUAUCAGUCUGGCGCUCAGGAGGAAGGGAACCAAUGCAGUCCAUUUCUGCCUAUGCUGCUGACAUGCCGUCAAUUGUACGUUGAGGCGCGUGCAUCUAUCUAUAAGAACAUUACUUUUUGCAUGCACGACCUUGACACUGCCCACUCACUAGUAGUCUCCCACCCGAAUCUGAUCUUCAACAACAUUCAGCAUUUGCAACUAGCGAUCCACCUUCCUUUACUGCGUUAUACCCGCGACGGGCCAAACCAUAGCGAGAAAGCAGCCAUGUCACGCUGGCGGCAAUGUUGCGAGGCCCUUAACCGUGCAGAGAACCUCAUUUCUGUCUAUGUGAGGCUUGACGCUUCUGUAAGGAGUCGCUUCUACAGCGUAACGGAAGGAGACAUGAAUCCUUACGUCUUUGGCGAAAAGGUCGCUGGUAUGCUGACGGUUGAUGUACCAUUGAAUCCUGACAGACCUGAGGCGUGGACGGAGGUCGGGAAUAUUGAACCACGGUUUAAUAUUCAUCCCCGCGGAUGGCCGGCGUACAGCUUAUCGUAUAACAUUAAUAAUGUAAAGAGGGUUACUAAGUUGUCCGACUGGGAGGAGCCUGGUGUGCCCUGGGGACCACCACAGAGAGGACAACAAUAUGUACAUCCAGGGAAAGGGCUUCUUUCAUCACUGCUCACUCGACAUAGUUAA